UUUACUUGAAGCCAGUUUAAGAGUAGUUAUCGUUUGUGCUAUUAGUUUUGUAAAUGUUUGGCAAUGUUGUUUGAGAUUGCAAUGACUUUGGCUGUUUUCACGAUAAACUUGUGCCCAAGUGCAACCAAUCGAGUUGCCAUUAACCGUGGAUCCCACAUUGAUUUACCUAACUCCAAAAGUCAUUCCAAUUUACGAACCAAAGAGAAGAAAAUUCUCGACGAAAUAAUUGGCGAUGGCCGUUACGACAAUAGGAUAAGACCAAGUGGAUACAAUACUUCAACGAGCGACUCAGAUUCAGAUGAAGGAGAUGACGGUCCUUGUGUUGUUAUGGUAAACAUCUUCCUAAGAAGCAUCAGUAAAAUAAGUGAUCUUGACAUGGAAUACUCAGUUCAGAUAACUUUCCGUGAGGAAUGGAGAGAUGAAAGGCUGCAGUACAACGACAAUAAUGAGCAGAUUAAAUUUUUAACAUUAACUGAUCCAAAUAGAAUCUGGAAGCCUGACUUGUUCUUCUCCAAUGAAAAGGAAGGACAUUUCCAUACAAUUAUCAUGCCAAAUGUGCUUCUUCGCAUCUAUCCAGAUGGAUCAGUUUUGUAUUCAAUAAGAAUCUCAUUACUCCUUGCCUGUCCCAUGGACCUUAAAUACUAUCCACUUGAUGAGCAAGAAUGCUUCAUGAGAAUGGCAAGUUAUGGUUAUACAACCGAUGAUCUGGAGUUUCGUUGGAAGGAUGGUGAUCCAGUUCAGAUUACGUCGAACCUUCACUUACCUCGGUUUGCGCUGCAAAAGUACAAGACUGCAUAUUGCACCAGUCGAACCAAUACAGGGGAAUACAGUUGCCUAAAAGUGUACCUUGACUUUAAAAGAGAGUUCAGUUAUUAUUUGAUACAAAUUUACAUGCCCUGUUGUAUGUUGGUCAUCGUCUCUUGGGUCUCCUUCUGGUUGGACCCCAAUGCCAUACCUGCUCGUGUCUCCCUUGGUGUAACCACUCUGCUCACCAUGGCUACUCAAAUAUCAGGUAUAAAUGCCUCGCUGCCACCAGUAAGUUACAUCAAGGCUAUCGAUGUUUGGACGGGAGUUUGUUUAGCAUUUGUUUUCGGGGCUUUACUUGAGUUUGCCUUGGUAAACUAUGCUUCACGAAGUGAUGCUCAUCGCCAUGCCAGAGAGUUUAAUGGUCUAAGGUAUCAACGACGAUGGGAUAGGGAUGGUAAUGUUAUCUCGGAUGAAACCUCUUAUGCACUGAGGCCAUUGGUUAUCAAAGGAAGUGAAUACUCAAAUAAAAAUAUAUUUUCUCGCUGGUGGUCAAAGUUUCCAACCCGAUCUAAACGAAUCGAUGUUGUGUCGAGAAUAUUUUUCCCGUUAAUGUUUUGCUUAUUCAAUCUUGUCUAUUGGGUUACUUAUCUGUUUCGCCAUAAAAGAGAUAAAAAUGUUUAUUAAAGCCUACAAGGGAAACAAAACAAGAUCAAAGAUGCAUCACGAUGACGAUAAAAAACCAAGCUGAUGCUGAUUUUUACCAACAAAUUGUAAUUGACAAACAACAAUCAAAUCGAACCAAUUGUGAUCACUCUCUUUUCCAGUUCUUACCAUUACAAGUAUCUUUAAAAUGAAAUCCACACAAACUCCAAAUCUUGAAGUGUCAAAACAAUACUUGACUUCGCAGCCACAUUGCUAUUUUAUUCAUCGUUUAUCAAUCCAUGGAUACCUUGGGCAAACAUAAGACCAACAAGUCAAAGAUUACAAGGAAUACAAGGAAUGAAGGGGAAAAAGGAAAUUACGAGGAAACUUCAAUCUAUCGUUAAACCUAAGCGUUUUAAUCAAAACUACAAAACCUCAAGUCUUUCAAUGAUAUAAAUAAAACUCAAAUUUAUUUGGUUC